AUGAGUGACGAACCGAAUAUAGUUGUCCCCGACUUUCAGAAAAAGUUGGCGGACGUUAUCGCUUUCGAGGAGUACACAUUCAUAUACGAUGUUCAGGAGAAUCUGAUUGACUCGUUCAUCCAACAUCUCCAAGACCAGUCAACGGCAGACCAGUUAGAGAUGGAGAAGGAGAUGGUGGAUGACAGGGUGGUGGAGGCUGAGAAGGAGGUCGAAGAUGCAGAGCAGGAGGAGAAGAAGGAGACAGUAGACAUGGAGAUCGACGCAGAAGAAGAGAAGGCACAGGAGAUGGACUCGGCAGAUAAGAACAUAGAGAGUGGAAGGUUACCGGAGGAGGAGGAGAAGUUGGACAUCCGAUUCGAAGAAGAGCAGAUAGAACUUGGAGAUCAGGAUCUGGUGGUAGCUGCUGAGGAGCAGACAGUAGCGGUAGAGGGGGAGCAGAUUGAGGUUGAGCAUGCUAAGGCGGAGUCGGUGGUGGCUAAAGAGGAAAAGGAAGUGGUUGCAAUGGAGGAGACUGAGGAGGCAGCCAAUGCAUCGGAGUGGGUAGAUGCAGUGGCAGAGGAGGAAGGAGAGGAAGAAGAUGAUAUGCCAGUACAAGAGGAGCAGUUUGAGGCAAAUUAUAAAAUGGCCGAGGAAAAGAUGGUGGCAAAAGAGGAGCAGGUUGUUGCAGAGGAGCAAGAAGUCUUGACUGAAACAGAGGAGGUGGUUGCUGAUGAGGAGCAAGUAGUCUCGGCUGAAAAGGUGAAGGCUGAGGUGGAGCAGGUCGAGGAUGGAGAGGAGCAGAAUGGGGCUUUUGUGGAGCAGCUGGAGACUCGGGCUGAGGAGGAGCAAGUCAUGAUGUGUGAGGAGGAGAAUGCCGAAAAGCCGAAGGUAGAGGAGCAUCUCGAGAAGGUUGAGGAAAAGCAGUCUGUGGAGGCUGAGGAGAAGCAGUCUGAGGAGGCUGAAGAGAAGCAGUCUGUGGAGGCUGAGGAGAAGCAAUCCGAUGAGGCUGAGGAAAAGCAGUCUGAGGAGGCUGAAGAGAAGCAGUCUGAGGAGGCUGAGGAUAAGCACUCUGAGGAGGCUGAGGAGAAGCAGUCCGAUGAGGCUGAGGAAAAGCAGUCUGAGGAGGCUGAGGAGAAGCAGUCUGAGGAGGCUGAGGAGAAGCAGUCUAAGGGGGCUGAAGAGCAAGUUGAGGCUGACGAGCAGAUGGAGAAGGCGGGGGCGAUGGAGUUGGUGGAUUCUGAGAAGGCAGAUGGCGAGCAGGAGGGUGAUGAUGAGAAGAAAGAUUGUAUUAGAAGGAGAACCAAGUGGUGGAAACUUCUUUGUUGUUUUGGUUGGAGGAGUCGGAGGAGGCGCUUUUCAGAAUAA